CUCUCUCUACAAAAGAAAAGAACACUGGUCUCCUCUCCCUCUCUCUCUCUUCUUUGCAGUCUUUUUAAUUCGCAGGUAAAUCUACAAUACAAAAUUUAUAUACUCCGGCGCGGCGUUUUCUCUCUCUCUCUCUCUCUAGGAAAUCUGUUUCUCUCUCUCUCUCUAUAUAUAUCUCUCUCUAUAUAUCUAUAUAUAUAUUGCAGUGUGAAUAGAUAUAGUUGAUUUGGGGGUGGGGGGGAUUGAGAUGAAUCGAAUGUGAUGGGAGGAGGGUUUUCGCAUCUGUUUCCGUGUGUUAACCCGGCGGUGAACCGGGAUGAGCCGGAGGUUGUGUUCACCGGCAGCGAGCCACUGGACGAGACACUCGGCCACUCAUUCUGCUACGUUCGGUCUUCAGCUCGGUUUGUGUCUCCUCCCCACUCCGAUCGGUUUGUUUCGCCUUCGCAGUCGCUCCGGUUCGACGAACCAUCUCAGCAGAAGCUCAGACCGGGGGGCGGUCCAAUGGAGACCGGUUUCCGGGCCAUUUCCGGUGCGUCGGUGAGUGCCAACACCUCCACUCCCAGAACUGUGCUUCAGGUUGAUAAUUUUUACGACGACGCCACUGGAACUGAUGGCGCUACUACUGGAGUGAGGGGUAGCGUUGUCAAUGGGUUUGAGAGUACGUCGUCGUUUUGCGCCUUGCCUCUUCAGCCUAUUCCUCGCGGUGGCAGCGGCGGAGAGCGGUCGUGCCCGAUGGAGAGGGCGUUCUUCAUGUCCGGUCCGAUCGAGCGAGGAGCCCUAUCUGGGCCGCUGGAGCCGCCCACCGGGUCGGAUGCCGGUGCGAAUAAUGUCCCAUUCUCGGCGCCGCUGGGAAGUGUUUAUGUCAAAAAAAAGAGGAGGAGAGGCAUUUCGGGAAUUCGAAAGGCCUUGUACAGAAACUUCCCGGAGAAGAAGAGGCCGUGGGUUUUACCGGUUAGGAGCUUCGGUGGCCGCAAGGACGAUCCACCUCCAUCAAAUUGUGGGCGUGAGUCGGAAAUGAGCUGUGAUAGCAAUAUUCAGUGGGCUUUAGGGAAAGCCGGUGAAGAUCGAGUACAUGUGGUUGUAUCGGAAGAGCUUGGAUGGUUAUUUGUAGGUAUUUAUGAUGGAUUCAAUGGGCCAGAUGCCCCUGAAUUCCUUAUGAGUAAUCUGUACAAAGCAAUGUACAAAAAACUAGAGGGUUUGUUUUGGGAUAGUGAAGAGACUAGUAGGCAGGAAGAAGUAGGUGCAGGUUUAGAAAAUGAUGUGAUUCCAGAGAAUUCAGACAUCCUAAAUACAAACUCAUCACUUGAACCUACAGGUGAGGUUGUUAGGGAAGUUGAAGGUGUAAAUGGUGUUAACUUUCAGCAGCUUGAUAAAGGAUCCACAAAGAAGGUGACAUUUCGAUCGGGUGAGAUUGAGGUUAGGAGGAGAAGAUUAUGGGAGUUUUUGGCAGAGGAGGACCCUGAAGAUGGUCUUGAUCUCUCGGGUUCAGACAGAUUUGCAUUUUCAGUAGAGGAUGCAUUAAGUGUAAACAAUGCAGGUUCUGCAGUGAGAAGAUCACUGCUGUUGUCAAAAUUGAAACAAGGGUUGUUGAUUAAACACAGGGAGAGUAAAAAAUUGUUUCCAUGGAGAUUUGGGUUGAAGGGCAAGGAGAAAGUUGGGGUGGAGGAGAAUAGAGUUGAAGAGGAAAGGAGUAUUGGAAACGGGAGGAGACGCAAAGUGGGUCCAGUGGACCAUGAGUUAGUUUUGAGAGCAAUGUCAGGGGCUCUUGAAAUAACUGAGCUUGCCUACUUGGAUAUGACGGAUAAGCUUCUUGAUCGGUAUCCAGAGCUUGCGCUGAUGGGUUCGUGUUUGUUGGUUGCUUUGAUGAGAGAUGAAGAUGUGUAUGUGAUGAAUGUGGGAGAUAGUCGGGCUAUAGUAGCAAAGUAUGAGCCUGAAGAGGUUACUUCUAGUUCAAAUUCAAGGGUACUGGGUAAUGAUGGGUUGGCUGUGGAAGGUAAAGCUGAAGAGUCAAAAGGUAGCAUUCUGGCGGAGGAUAAGGCUACAAAUGUGGUUCCUGUUCAAGAUAUGAGGUUGGCCUCAUUGCAAUUGUCAACUGAUCAUAGCACAAGCAUUGAAGAAGAGGUUAUCAGAAUCAAGAAUGAGCAUCCUGAUGACAGUAACUGUAUUGUCAAUGAUAGAGUCAAAGGUCGCCUAAAGGUCACCCGUGCAUUUGGGGCAGGCUUCCUGAAACAGCGUAAGUUGAAUGAUGCAUUAUUGGAAAUGUUUCGCAAUGAAUAUAUUGGCAACACACCUUAUAUAUCUUGUACGCCUUCUUUACGUCACCAUAGACUAUGUCCUGGAGAUCAAUUUUUGGUGCUCUCCUCUGAUGGCUUAUACCAAUACUUGAGCAAUGAGGAAGUUGUUUCCCAUGUUGCAAAUUUUAUGGAGAAAUUUCCUGAUGGAGAUCCUGCACAGCACCUGAUUGAGGAGCUUUUGCUUCGUGCAGCCAAGAAAGCUGGAAUGGAUUUACAUGAAUUGCUCGACAUUCCAACAGGGGACCGAAGGAAGUACCAUGACGAUGUCACUGUUAUGGUAAUAUCACUCGAAGGAAGAAUUUGGAAAUCAUCGGGAAAAUACCUUUGAACUCCUCCAACAGCACAAAUCUCUGCAGCAAUUGAUUUGCUCCUUGCAAGCUGAACCUGCUGCAGUUUGAGGUUUCUGGGAACAUUAUAUGAAAUUCGAUAACGAUCUGGCUUCAUGUCUCAACAAGGACUGUUUUAAAGUCCCGCCUUGAGCAAAGCACCUUUGUGGGGAAGCCCGUAAUGCAGAUGGCGAAACAACCGAGGUGCCAGAUUGAAAUCGACUCAUAUUGAGAAUCGGUUUCUGGAUGACGGUAUAAAUUUUGUAGCUGGGACUAUCCUAUCCUGGAUGUGCUCUUAGACAAGAAAACUGACUCUCCUUUUUCUCUUCUUCCUUUCUAGAUUUUGCAUAGGCAUAGGAUCUUUUUUUCAUUCAUUUGUAUUUUGUUCUUUUAAUUAGGGCAAGAGAAGUGGUUGUAAGCAAGAUUGGGGGGAGGAGGGGGUGUGGCUUAGUUACAGAGCUCUACACUAGACUCCAUUUUCACAGGAGAAAGCUAUUGAAACCCAUGUGUAAAAAUUGUUGUUACAACUGGGAAGCAGAAAAAGAAGCACCAAUUUCCCAAAUGGUCUCUCUGGCAUCAACACAUACUUGUGCUUUACCCUUUCUGUAUACAGAAUGCUAUAUAUGGUUCUAAAUUCUAAUGCAAUCAUUCCAUUAAAA